GAAUUCGUCGGCCUACCUAUAUUUUUGACAGCUAGCGUUUCGUUCUUUUCCUGUUCAUCUUUCUUUCGUAACGCGCACGUCGCAAAGAGCAGUAACGUAAUGGCUCCAACUGCGAAGACCAACAAGGGUGAUACCAAAAGUGCUGCUAAGCCAGCUGAAAAGAAGGCCGCGCCGGCCGCUGCCAAGGGCAAAGUCGAGAAACCCAAAGCUGAAGCUGCCAAGCCUGCAGCCGCAGCUGCUAAGAAUGUGAAGAAGGCGCCAGAAGCCGCUAAGGACGUUAAGGCGGCCGCUGCCGCCAAGCCUGCUGCUGCUGCUAAGCCAGCUGCUGCAAAGCCCGCCCCUGCUAAGGAUGCCGGCAAGAAGGCUCCAGCUGCAGCCCCUAAGAAGGACGCAAAGGCAGCCGCUCCCGCCAAGGCUGCUGCACCGGCUGCCAAGAAACCAGCUGCUGCCACUGCUGCUGCUCCAGCUGCCAAGAAGGCUGCACCGGCCGCUGCCAAGGCUGCUGCUCCAGCUGCUGCGGCUGCCGCUCCAGCUGCACCUGCUGCUGCAGCUAAGCCAGCUGCCAAGCCGGCCGCACCCAAGCCUAAAGCAAAGACAGCCGCACCUGCAGCCACAUCCAGCAAGGUUGUGAAGAGGAACGUGUUGCGCGGCAAGGGCCAAAAGAAGAAGAAGGUUUCUCUGCGUUUCACCAUCGACUGCACCAACAUUGCUGAGGACAACAUCAUGGAUGUGGCCGAUUUUGAGAAAUACGUGAAGGCGCGUCUUAAGGUGAACGGAAAAGUCAACAAUCUGGGCAACAACGUCACCUUUGAGCGUUCGAAGAUGCAGCUGAACGUGACUUCCGACGUGCACUUCUCCAAGGCCUACCUCAAGUACUUGACCAAGAAGUACUUGAAGAAGAACAGUCUGCGUGAUUGGAUCCGUGUCGUUGCCAAUUCGAAGGAAUCCUAUGAGCUCCGCUACUUCAGAAUCAGCUCCAACGAUGAUGAAGAUGAUGAUGCCGAGUAAAAAUCGACUCAACACAUCAGUACAUUGCUGAGUCUCUAUGUUUUUAAUAAUCACCACACGAUCGUUUCAGCGGAGAGCGUGUUUUUUUAUGCAAGUAAUGAGACAAUGUAAAAAACAUAAAAGAAAAAAGCAGAGUUUUUACAAUAAAAUCUAUUAACUCGAAGCCAA